GCUUUUGCUCAUCAAGACAGUAAGCAGAAUUCUCCUGGCUUCACCUGCUUUUCAAGGGAAUAGCUGAUUAUGGGGACCUGGGAGGGUUUAAGAAAGCUUACAGUGUCUUAAAGCCAAGAUGUUCCUUGGGCUCCGGAUACACCCAUGGUUUUAUAAAGGUGGCCUGCAACUCUCCCAGGUUGGUUGCCGGUUUGGUCUUGACCGGUUGAGACCGCCAAUACCUUUGACAUGCAAACUGCCAAUGCAUCCCAGGCUUCCCUAAAGAAUGGGACCCUCGGCCCCUUCGAUGGGCCACAGUGGCCUCACCUGGCCUCACGAAGUAUCUACACCUCCGUGGCCGUGCUCAUGGGAGUGGUGACGUUCUCAGCAUCCUUGGUGAAUGGGCUCGUCAUUGUGGUCUCUGUCCGGUUCAAGAAACUCCGCUCCCCUUUGAACUACAUUCUGGUGAACUUGGCCGCCGCGGACCUCCUAGUCACCUUCUUUGGAAGCACCAUCAGCUUUGCCAACAACGCCGUCGGCUUCUUUGUGUUCGGCAAGACCGUGUGCCAGUUCGAAGGGUUCAUGGUCUCCUUAACAGGGAUUGUGGGCCUUUGGUCCUUGGCCAUCUUGGCCUUCGAGAGGUACCUGGUGAUCUGCAAACCUGUGGGAGAUUUCCGGUUCCAGCAAAGGCAUGCAAUGAUUGGCUGCCUUUACACAUGGGUGUGGUCAUUAGUUUGGACCGUCCCCCCACUCUUUGGCUGGAGCAGCUACGUCCCAGAAGGCUUAGGAACGUCCUGCGGACCCAACUGGUACAUGGGAGGUACCAACAAUAACAGCUAUAUCAUGGCCUUGUUUGUGAUGUGCUUUGCUCUGCCUCUCAGCACGAUUCUCUUCUCCUAUGCCAACCUGCUACUGACAUUGCGAGCAGUAGCGGCUCAGCAGAAAGAACAGGAGACCACCCAGCGUGCGGAGAGGGAGGUGACCCAGAUGGUCAUCACUAUGGUGAUGGCCUUUCUCGUCUGCUGGCUGCCCUAUGCCACUUUUGCCAUGGUGGUCGCCACCACCAAAGACCUCUCCCUCCAGCCGGCGCUCGCCUCUCUGCCGUCCUAUUUCUCCAAGACAGCCACGGUGUACAACCCCAUCAUUUACGUCUUCAUGAACAAACAGUUCCGCAGCUGUAUCCUGAACACCGUGAGCUGUGGCCGCAUCCCGCUGGCAAUGCCGGAGACGACGCCCACCGCGAUCGCCGCCCGGGGGGGCCUUGCCUUGAUCUCGGAAGGGAGGAGGAAUAAGGUGGCCUCUACGUAAUCGUGUAGCUGGAUGACAGGGCCUGGUUCCAGUUCUCGAGAAUUAACGAUUUCUGCUGGGAUGCAUCCUUAUUUGAAGACUGAUGUACUAUUCUUUCUACCUCUGGUCAAGGCAGGGUCUGCGUUCAGCACGAGAAUCUGAAUGUAUUACUUGCAUUAAACGCAUAUGAGCCAACAAGUGAAGCCCUGGAACAAA